ACUCUUUAUUGUCAGCCAGCUGUUUUUUAAGCAGUGAAAGAAAACUGAACAAAUGAGAGGAAAAGAUAAAGAGGAAUAUGUAGCCAUGACCAAAGCCUGAGGAGACAAGAAAUAUUUAACAACUAAAGAAAUGAAAUGUUUUCUAAUGUGGAGCAGGUUUUAACCGAGCCUUUGUUUGUGAAUGAGGAAACAACGUUCAGAUUCACAGCGCUGCUCCUCUUCCUGGAAUAAACCAGAGCUUGAUCACCCCUCCCUCUUCCUCCUGCUCUCUAACACAGCCAGCUCCACUCUGUCCACAUAUUCCCUUGUUCCCUCCCCUUCAGAUCUACAGUUUAAAGGAGAGGCGUAACCAACAUGGUGGUGAAGCACAAGAGCUGACAGGCCCAGUUCACUGAACAAACACAUGUUGUUCAGAUCAGAAGUCAAAGUACAGACGCUUCUAAGGAAGUGAAACUCAGACAGUCAUUGCCACAGAGAGGUGAAAUGGCGCAGAAAGGAGUUGAGCUGGAUCGGGAAACCUUCUCUUGUUCCAUCUGUCUGGAUCUACUGAAGGAUCCGGUGACUACUCCCUGUGGACACAGCUACAUGAACUGUAUUAAAAGCUUCUGGGAUGGAGAGGACGAGAAGAAAAUCCACAGCUGUCCUCAGUGUAGGCAGACCUUCACACCGAGGCCUGUGCUGCUGAAAAACACCAUGUUAGCAGUUUUAGUGGAGCAGCUGAAGAAGACUGGACUCCAAGCUGCUCCUGCUGAUCGCUGCUAUGCUGGACCUGAAGAUGUGGCCUGUGAUGUCUGCACUGGGAGGAAACUGAAAGCCUUCAAGUCCUGUCUGCAAUGUGUGAUCUCUUACUGUGAGAAACACCUCCAGCCUCAUUAUGAUUCCCCUGCCUUUGAGAAACACAAGCUGGUGGACCCCUCCAAGAAGCUCCAGGAGAACAUCUGCUCUCGUCACGAUGAGGUGAUGAAGAUGUUCUGUCGUACUGAUCAGCAGUGUAUCUGUUACCUCUGCUCUGUGGAUGAACACAAAGGCCACGACACAGUCUCAGCUGCAGCAGAAUGGACUGAGAGGCAGAGAGAGCUGGAGGUGAGUCGACAAAACAUCCAGCAGAGAAUCCAGGACAGAGAGAAAGACGUGAAGCUGCUUCAACAGGAGGUGGAGGCCGUCAAUCGCUCUGCAGAUGAAGCAGUGAAGGACAGCGAGAAGAUCUUCACUGAGCUGAUCCGUCUCAUGGAGGAAAGAAGCUCCGAUGUGAAGCAGCAGGUCAGAUCCCGACAGAAAAGUGAAGUGAGUCGAGUCAAAGAGCUUCAGGAGAAGCUGGAGCAGGAGAUCGCUGAGCUGAAGAGGAACGAAGCUGAGCUGAAGCUGCUCUCGCACACAGAGGAUCACAACCAGUUUCUACGCAACUACACCUCACCGUCAGGACUCAGCCAAUCUGCAGACUCGUCCGGCAUCGAUAUCCGUCCUCUGCGCUACUUUGAGGAUGUGACAGCGGCUGUGUCAGAAGUCAGAGAUAAACUGCAGGACGUUCUGAGUGAGAAGUGGACAAACGUCUCACUGGCAGUGACUGAAGUGGACGUUUUACUGUCCGAUUCACAAGUAGAGCCCAAGACCAGAGCUGGAUUCUUAAGAUAUUCACGUGAUAUCACACUGGAUCCAAACACGGCAUACACAUAUCUGUUAUUAUCUGAGGAGAACAGAAAAGCAACAUUAAUGAAUGAACAACAGUCUUAUUCUAGUCACCCAGACAGAUUCACUACAUGUUGUCAGGUCCUGAGUAGAGAGAGUCUGACUGGACGUUGUUACUGGGAGGUGGAGUGGAGAGGAGGAGUAGUUUAUGUAGCAGUCGCAUACAAGAAUAUCAGCAGAACAGGGAGCUGGGAUGAAUGUGUGUUUGGAUUCAAUGACAAAUCUUGGGCGUUACGUUGUGACAAAAACAGUUUUAUAUUUUGGUUCAACAAUGUCCAAACUCCCGUCUCUGGUCCUCAGUCCUCCAGAGUAGGAGUGUACCUGGAUCACAGUGCAGGUAUUCUGUCCUUCUACAGCGUCUCUGAAACCAUGACUCUCCUCCACAGAGUCCAGACCACAUUCACUCAGCCUCUCUAUGCUGGACUUUGGUUUGUUAUCAUGGACACUGCUGAGUUCUGUAAACUCAAAUAGACAGAAGUCAUUUAAGGAACAGCGGGUUAAAUUCUGUGUUUUAAUUCUUAAACUCAUUUUGUUUCCAUCUUUGUUGCUGAGAGCUGAUUUUUC